AUGGAGAAUCUGUUGUUCCUCCUCAGUAAGCUUUAUUAAGGAGAUGGUAUAGAUCAGCGCGAAGUGAUUAAAACAUAUGAAAGCGUUAUUAAAACAAUGAAAGAACAAAUAUACAGCUUGAAAAGCAAAUUGGCUGUAUCUGAAGAUUCAAUUCGUCGUUAUAAACAAAUUGAAGUAGCAGAAACUCAAAAAGAGCUUGUAAAAUAUAUUCAGAAAGAGUCUAAGUUAGCCUUAAAUUCAGCUAUCCAAGAGCUUACUGCUAAAAAUAAUUAUAUCUCACAAUUAGAGCAAAAAUCCAAAAUUAUUGAAGAAGCUUUAGCCAAAAAUGAAAGCGAAAUUUUUAGCUUGACUGAAGAAAAAGAAUACUGAAAAUCAUUAGCAAGCCAAUCCCCAGAAUUAGAGAUAACAAAUAAAAGCGUAUUGCCAAACGAUCUCAUGGAAAAAUUUAGAGAAAAUGAAAAAUCAAGAAUCCGAGCUCAAGAAGAAGCAUUACGUUACAUUAGAUAUACAGACUCGUGUGUUUAAUUUUAACGCAAUCACCGAGGAUCUCCAGAGAGAUUCAACCGCUUUGCGACCAUAACGUCUCCUCCUUCCUUUUUGGGCUUCAGUGUUGAGUGGGCAGUCUACGGGUUUGUGUGGCCCCUUGAGGCUGUGGAUUACGAAGUUGGCUUCCCAAAAAUUCCAAAAAAUGGAAUUUCUGGUAUCCUUUCGGCAAAAAAGAAAAAUUCAGAUCCUCGCUAGGCAGUUGCCCGAUUAGUCUAGGUGUUCCCUGUAGACCUUGCUGGGCUUGCCCUUUCCAAAUCUGAAUCCUCCUUACCUUCGAGGUAAAAACAAGCUCGAAAAUAGACUUUGCGCUAGGCCCUGGGCACUUCAGAGUUGUUUACCUAGCAUUGCAGUCUAUUUUAAGGUUGGAAAAAACCUUGCCGGAUAUAAUUAAAUAUGUGCUCGAAGGGCGUCGACGUAGCCGACUGCGAAGCGCUGAGACAGCAUUUUUCUUAUGCUCAAGCUCAAGAAGAAGCAGAUUUUUAUAAGUCAAAAUAUGAGGAAAUCAUUGAAAAUAUGCAUAAUGUUAAAGACAAGCUAGAAGAAACUGAUACUUUAAAAUUGCAACAAGCUACUCUUAAAGGAGAAUUUGGAGAUAUUGAGCAGCAGCUGCUGAAAAAGGAAGAACAAGUAAAAUCUUCAAAUAAACGAUUUAUUUUUAUUCAGAAAAAGAUGGACAAGCUCAGCAAAGAUAAAAAACUUUAUGAAGAAAAAACCCAGGAAUUAGAAAACGAGAGGAAAAAAUUAUCAGAAAAAUACCAAAAGUAAUUAAUAAUUUAGUUUGGCUAGUCGAGUUAAAGGAGAAGAAAGAUUAAAAGGAAGGAUAAAAGAAUUAGAAGAAAAUUUAGAAGCAGCUUCUCAAGAAAUAGAAAAUUUAUUAGAAAGGCUUCGGGAUAGCUUAAAAAGAACAGAAGAGCUGCAAAAUAUAAUAAAUUGUGAAACUAAAGCACAUGACCAAACCAAAGAAGCUUAUAAAAGGAUAAAAAUUCAAGAGAAACUUCUAAUAGACGAAAGGGAUUUACUAGCCAAUAUGAAUAGUGAGCUCAGCAUUAAACUGAAUAUUAUGCAAGAAGAAAUGGAAAAAACAAAAAGCCCUGAAUCAAUUGAAAAACAUGAAAUAACGUUUAAAAAAGGCACAAAAGAAAGCGCAGCAUUAAUGAGACUAAACCAUAAAUUAGAAGAAAAUGUAUCAAGACUAGAAAAUGAGCUUUCAUUUACUAAAGAAAAGCUUCAGAAAAAAGAACAAGAAGUUUUAGAGCUCGAGCUUAAACUUAAUGAAAGCCAUAGAGAAAGAAGAAAAUUAGAGCAGCGGCAAAGAGAUGUUCCAAGAGACAGUAUAGCUGGACUAAUCAAAUGCCUAGACAAAGAAACUGACCAUCCCAUCAGUGCUUUAUCCUGUGACAAUAAUAAUCUGCUGCUUCACGAAAUGAAUGAAAAAUAUGACAGACUUCUUGAUAAAUACCAAGCUGCUGAAGAAGCUAAAACUAGCCUUGAAUCUCAGCUAAAUAACUAUCAGCACAUGCUAAAAAGCAUGAAAACACAAAUCAACGAAGAUGCCUUUAAAAACAGCAAUUUUGAAAAAAUCCUUGCUGAAAGAAAUGAGGAAAUUACCACUUUGAAAGAAAAAAUUUCAAUGCUGGAGGACAAAGUCAAGUAUUUUGGGAUUUCUGCAGAAACUGAAAGACAUAGAGAAAUUUCGCAUAAACCUGUGAUAAGUAGAGCAGGGUCACUUCAAAAUUUAACUGAAAGAAGAACUAAAGCGAGGAGCAACACCCCAGAUGACGCAGCUACACCGAGAUAUUAUCCAAUGAGAUCAAAUUCCCUUUUGAAGCUGAGAGUUCCAUCUCAAACUUAUGAUAAGCCAUCAUGAAGGGGCUAA